CUUCCCUUCAUUUCAUUCUUCAACACACAAUUCUUUUUCUAACCUCACUUAUAUAGUCGCUUUAACUAACAGAAACAAACAAAUUCUGUACAAUCAAUCGCGUCUAUAAAAAUCUCAAUAAAAUAGCAAUUAACAGCUGUUGCAUUCUACUGAGAAGUUUGGUGGUGAAGGCGUGAGGACGGAAAAAAAUGGCGGCUGUAGCAUCGUCUUCACUCACAGGGCUGGCCAAAACUUCCGGGCUUCCGAUUUAUUCGUCUUUCGAGCUAAAUGGGAAAGGCAAUUUGCAUUUCAAGGCCGCCAUUAGCUCGUCGAGAUCUGAAUUUUUGGGGGGCGGCGUGUGUGUGAAUUAUGAAAGAAAAGCUGAAAAUGGCAGGGGAAAGGGCAGAAUGCGGUCUGCCCGCGUGGUGUCACCGAAGGCGGUUUCAGAUUCGAGCUCUUCCCAGACGUGCCUUGACCCUGAUGCCAGCACUAGUGUCCUAGGGAUCAUACUCGGAGGUGGUGCCGGGACCCGUCUCUAUCCUCUUACCAAGAAAAGAGCCAAACCUGCUGUUCCUUUGGGCGCAAAUUAUCGGUUGAUCGACAUACCUGUCAGUAAUUGUCUCAACAGCAACAUAUCAAAGAUCUAUGUUCUGACUCAAUUUAAUUCUGCAUCCCUUAACCGUCACUUAUCACGGGCCUAUGCCAGUAAUAUGGGUGGCUACAAGAAUGAAGGUUUUGUUGAAGUUCUAGCUGCCCAGCAAAGCCCAGAGAAUCCAAACUGGUUCCAGGGCACUGCUGAUGCAGUGAGGCAGUAUUUAUGGCUUUUUGAAGAACAAGAUGUUCUUGAAUAUCUAGUUCUUGCCGGGGACCAUUUGUACCGGAUGGAUUACGAGAAAUUCAUACAAGCCCACAGGGAAACUGAUGCAGAUAUAACAGUUGCGGCUUUGCCCAUGGAUGAAAAACGUGCCACCGCAUUUGGUCUGAUGAAGAUUGAUGAGGAAGGAAGGAUUACUGAAUUUGCCGAGAAGCCAAAAGGAGAACUACUCAAGGCAAUGAGGGUGGAUACAACAAUUUUGGGUCUUGAUGAAGAGAGGGCAAAAGAAAUGCCUUAUAUUGCGAGUAUGGGCAUCUACGUUUUCAGCAAGAAUGCUAUGUUGAAUUUGCUUAGAGAGAAAUUUCCGGGAGCCAAUGAUUUUGGAAGUGAAGUGAUUCCAGGGGCCACUUCAAUUGAUAUGAGGGUCCAGGCCUAUUUGUAUGAUGGUUACUGGGAAGAUAUUGGGACUAUCGAAGCAUUCUACAAUGCUAAUUUAGGGAUUACCAAGAAGCCCAUCCCAGAUUUCAGCUUCUAUGACCGAUCGGCUCCAAUCUACACGCAACCACGUUACUUGCCACCUUCCAAAAUGCUCAAUGCCGAUGUUACUGACAGUGUCAUUGGUGAGGGUUGUGUCAUAAAGAACUGUAAGAUUCACCACUCUGUGAUUGGCCUGCGCUCAUGCAUAUCGGAGGGUGCAAUCAUAGAGGACUCGCUGUUGAUGGGAGCCGACUAUUAUGAGACUGAUGCUGACAGAAGAUACCUCGCUGGUAAAGGAGGGAUUCCGGUUGGAAUUGGCAUGAAUUCUCACAUUAAACGGGCAAUUAUCGAUAAAAAUGCACGCAUUGGAGACAAUGUGAAGAUCAUUAACAGUGACAAUGUGCAAGAGGCGGCAAGAGAGACAGAUGGUUAUUUCAUCAAGAGCGGCAUUGUGACUGUAAUCAAGGAUGCACUAAUUCCCAGUGGAACAAUUAUUUAAAAAAGAUGAUGAAGUCAAGUCUGGUAACACUACUGCACAAAGCAACAUUUAUGUUUCAUCAAGCUUACUUCUGACUGGAGAAGGAAAAAAAAUGUGAAGUUGCAUCUUAGACGAAAAAGAACCAUCCAAUAAAUUUAGCUUAUUCUGUGAUGUUACUGAAAUGCAAGGAUAUGAUGAAGAUAUUUGGUGUUUAAAUGAGUUUGUCUUGAAACGUAUCUGUUUGCUCAAUUGUUGGCCAAAUGCCAUUAACUAAACAUAGGUAUAGUCUUUGAAAAAAUUACCUGGUGCACCAUGCUUAGUAAAUAGCAAGUUUUUUUCCUUAAUUAUUGUGUAAUUUUUUUAUUACCAAACUAAACUUUCCUUUCCACUUGAACUUGAUUUUUA